AUGAAGGCUGAUGAUUCCGCCAUCUUCGUACAAUGGAACAUUAACGGAAUUAAUGACACCGCAACAGCAAUUGCCGUAACGGUGUUCCCGGACAAACAUUACAAAAUCUUAUAUGCUAUAUUACCGGGAAAUGGUGGGGCUCACCAUCAAGCAGGGGAGCCGGAUGUUUGUAAUUCGACGCCAUCGACUUUGAGUUAUUUGACCUUCCUUUGA